CCGCUAAGGGAAGCCGCCGUCGCUAUCGUCACUCUCACCGCGACCUGUCACCGUCGCUGGAGCCAGCCACUUUCAUCGCCGUUCAUGCCGUCACCACUCCUCGCCACUGCCGAGCCGUCGUCGGACUGUGCACCGCCAUGCAUGGCCGUUCCUAGUUGGCGCAAUGGCUGGUGGUUGCCUCUGCUUUCGGUGUAAGCACCCCGUCGGAGCUCAGUCACCAUUCUGCUCUCCAGGAGUUGUCACCGGAGCUGCGGCUGCUCCACCGCUGCCUCUGCUGUCGGAAACCGCCGCUUCUCUGAAUUCUCUGUCUUGAUAAGCUCUAACCUUACUUCUAAAUCUCCCUGUUUGUUAAGUGCGUUAUUACGGAGCGUGUUGAUGAGGCUGUUGUGCUAGGUUUAUGGUUACCGCGAGUUUUCUGUUAUACACCAACACCGGAACUGUUGCUACUUCACUCAGUAAUUUCUUCUCUGUUACGAGUUGUUGUGGUUGCUGCGUAAGAGGUUUGGAGCUGAGGUUGCAGCUGCCGCAAGAGUUAGUUGUUAUGGGAACCUCAAUGACAUGGAAGCAUUUGCCUCCACUCAUUUAUGCAUUAGCAUUUUGCUUAAUUGCUAUCAAUGUUGCUGCUGAUGAUGAUCAGAGUCCUUAUUAUGGAUGCCACAACUCUCCCUACCACCCAGCUCCACAAGCGGCGCCACCUGCACAUGAACCUCACCCACCCUAUAUGUACAAGUCUCCCCCUCCUCCAUUUUCAUACAUUUACAAGUCUCCACCACCCACCAUAUAUCAACAAAUCUCCUCAUCCUCCCUCUCCCUUUCUACCCUUUCUGAAAUAUUUUAUUAUAUUCUUGUCCGAAUCUUUGUUCAUGUUUCAUGAAAGCUUUUCCAAAGGUUCUUUUCUGGUGCCUGACAUUAGAAGGCUCUACACUGUAGAACACUGCUUCGACGUGUUGCCCCAAUUUAUCCUUGCAGUCAAGGAUCUUUUGGAGUCCGUCCAAGCACCAAGUGGAGGAAGUGUAGUUUGGUGAGAGAACAAUGAUUGCAAACAUGGAGUCUUCAAUUGCUGUGAGAAGUUCAUGUGAAAUAAAGUCACCUUUGCGAAGGUUGGUCUCAUCAAUGAAGGUAAUGAUUCCCUUCCUUGUGAGUGCGGCAUAGAGAUGGCUAGUAAAUCCAUUGCCUGAGUAACACAUCAUACUUGCAUGAUUUUGAAGAAGUAGAAGAGGUGGAAGCCAUGUAUAUAGAGAAGAGGAUUACGAGUAAACUGGGUUUGUGUUAGAGUAAUACGGAAAGUGAAUAGGAUAGUAGAAGCAGCGAGCGAGAGAAAAACUUCUAUAAUGCGGAAAGUGAAUAGGAUAGUAGAAGCAGCGAGCGAGAGAAAAGCUUCUAUAAUACUGGAAACUGAAAACUGGAACUGGAAUGUAAUGUAAUAUCGGAAGAUGAGAGACAGAGAGAUUCCGAACUUGAAAAGCUUCUAUAAUAUGGAAACUGAAAAUCGGAAACUGGAAUUUAAUAUAAUGUUGGGUUGAGAUUGAUUUAUAGUGUAGACUCUGUUUCGUUCUCACUCUAUAAUUGGCUAUUUUUUUUUAUCGCAAAAAGGGAAAGUGGUUUGUACGGCAAAACGCCAAAACAAAUGGUUUUGUAUUUUCACUUUUUCAGAGUGAGAAUGAAACAGAAUAUAAGUCAAUCUCAACCCAACAUUAUAUAAACUUUUUAAGUUCGGCAUCUCUCGGUCUUGCUUCUUCUAAUAUUACAUUAAAUUCCAGUUUCCAGUUUUGUAUUAUAGAAGCUUUUCUCUCCGUCUAGCUGCUUUUACUAUACUAUUCACUCUAACACAAACCCAGUUAUCUUUCUUCUUUGCUCGUAAUCGUCUUCUCUGUAUACAUGGCUUCUACUUCUUCAAGAUCAUGCAAGUAUGAUGUGUUCAUCACAGCUUCAGGGUGAAGACCCUCGCAAUGGAUUCACUAGCCAUCUCUAUGCGCACUCACAAUGAAGGGAAUCACUACCUUCAUUGAUGAGACCAACCUUCGCAAAGGUGACGUUAUUUCACAUGAAUUUCUCACAGCAAUUGAAGACUCCAUGUUUGCAAUCAUUGUUCUCUCACCAAACUACGCUUCCUCCACUUGGUGCUUAAACGAGUUCCAGAAGAUCCUUGAAUGAAGCAUAAGUUGGGGCAAUACGUCGAAGCGGUGUUCUACGGUGUGGAGCCUUCUGAUGUCAAGCACUUUCGGAGAAGCUUUCAUGAAACAUGAACAAAGAUUCAAACAAAAAAGUGACAAGGUUAGAACAUGAAGACAUGUGUUAACACAAUUUGCCGGUUACUCUGGUUGGAGCUCUAAAAAUCAGUAAGCUCACUAAUAAUCAUUCACUUCAUUUGUUGUUGUGGUAAAUUAUGUUAACAAAGUAAGGAAAACAACGUAACAAAAAAAUAAUAUAGAAAAAUACUAUUCAUAUGAUAAAAUAUUUCAGAGCAUAUAUAGCAGAAUAUAUCAUGAAUUCCAAAAAAUUGUGAUUUGGCCGUAAAUAUUAUUUUUGUUGUAAGCUUGUUGCAUGUCUGAAUAUAGGGAGAGGGAAAAUAAUUAGGCAAAAACAAAAGGAAGUUAUAUAAAAACAUCAAAGGAAAGAGGAUCCAAG